AUGGCUAUUAGGAGGUUCGUGACGCGCAGAGGGUCACCGGAGACAUUUUUCUCCGACCACGGAGCCAACUUCGUCGGGGCAAACAAUCUUCUGCGCGAACAACUCCGUGGAAUUUAUGAUCGCUGUGCCGUGACAUUCAGCAACUCAGCCCCACAAUGGUUAUUCAAUCCACCACUUGCGCCUCACAUUGGAGGACCCUGGGAGCGCUUGGUCAGAUCAGUCAAGACGGCAAUGGCCGCAAUUGCAGAUCACCCACACCACCCCAGUGAUGAAGUUCUUGAAACCGUAAUACUCGAAGCUGAGUCAGUAGUCAACUCGAGACCACUCACUUACAUUCUGCUAGAGCACACUGAGCAAGAGACGCUUACGCCCAACCACUUCCUGCUUUACGGUACGAAAGGUAUCAAUCAACCGCUUCGGGACCAGAUCGAAAGCACCGGGACGCUGAGAGAUAGCUGGAAAUUGGCGCAGCAUCUGGUGGACACAUUCUGGAGUCGCUGGAUUCGCGAAUAUUUGCCAACUCUAACAAGGCGUACAAAAUGGUUUCAACCAAUAAAGCCGAUUAAACCUGGGGAUCUGGUGAUGAUAGUUGACGGAGGAAAACGGAACGGAUGGAUAAGAGGGCGUGACAUAAACGUCGUAAAGGCAAAAGAUGGGCAAGUUAGGCGGGCGUUGGUGUACUCGAAUAGAGGAACUGUAAACCGACCUGUCACUAAGCUGGCUUUGUUAGACGUUCAGUCGGCUUCGGAAGAACCGGAAGUGGAUGUCUCGGGCGUACCGGAACUACACGGGCGGGGGGAUGUUGCCGAACCCACUGUGCAGUCGUCACCGGUUGUCAGUGAGUCCCGCCCAAGCCGGGAAGCGUAUGAACUCGGGCGCGACGGGCGAGCGAGCACACCGCCCGCGCGAGCGGAUGAACGGGCGGCCCACACCACCACACGGCCGAACGCCCCGGAGUGCAUUGAAGCGCCAGCAGAUCCACGGCGCGACACCCACACGAACUGGGAGCACGCGCAGACCCGCGACCCGGUAGCCCGAUUCAUCCCAUCAAUCCUUAUCCUGAAGUUACGGAUCUAA